AUGGCGUGGCAACCCCAAGAGGAGCCUCUGCGCCAGCUCACGCAGUGCCUGAGGGACUCGCUGAGCGGCCAUGACCAGAAUGCGCGAAAGAAUGCCGGUGAGAUGCUCAAGUCUGCGCAAAGCUCACCGGAUAUCGACAAGUACCUGGCCUACAUUCUCUCGAGUAGCCAGCCCCCGCCAUCAGUCAACAUGGAUGCCCCUGGCUACUUCCAGGCGCGUGCUGCUGCUGCUGUCAUGCUCAAAAACGACGUCAAGUUGGGAUACAAGGCCAUGCCCGACUCAACCAAAGACUACAUAAGAUCGGUGAUUCUGGUUGGACUGCAGGACUCAACCUCACAAAUACGCGGAUAUGUGGGAAACGUCAUAACAGAGAUUGUGCGCCAGGGAGGCAUCAUGGGAUGGCCUCAGAUUCUGUCGGAGCUUGUCAACAUGGUUAGCAAUGCCGAUGGCAAUGUCUCGACACAGGCGCAAGAGGGCGGAAUGGGUGCUUUGCUCAAAAUAUGCGAGGACAACAGAAAGGCCCUCGACAAGCAAUACCAGGGUCAGAAGCCAUUGAGCUUCGUUUUUCCAAAGCUCCUCGAGCUCACAACAAGCCCGCGGCCCCAGGUCCGCGCCGACGCAUUGGCUGCCAUCAACGUAUUCGUCCCCGAAAAGCCCGAAGCUGUCGUCUCUAAUAUCGAUACCUUGCUGCAACAACUCUUCACCCUGGCUAGCGAUCCGAGUGAAGAUGUGCGCAAACAUGUCUGUCGGACCUUUGUCCACAUCGCCGAUAUUGCCCCGCAGAAAAUAAUACCACACAUGGACGGAUUGGUCGAGUUCAUGGUGACACAGCAACGCACACCGAACAAUGCGGACCUGGCCCUAGAUGCAGCCGAGUUCUGGUUAUGUGCAAGUGAAGAUGAGAAGAUGCGAGAUCAUCUUGGUCCGUAUCUCUCAAAGAUAAUACCUGUCCUGCUUUCGAGUAUGGUGUACAGUGAAGACGAGAUCUUGCGUCUUGAGGGCGAAGAGGAAGACUAUGAAGUCGAAGACCGGGAACAGGACAUCAAACCUACUUUUGCAUCCACCAAAGCCGGACGACUCACCAAUGCAAACGGCGAGGCCGUAUCAGCUACCAACGGAACGACUGAAGCUGCGGCUGAGAAUAUCGACGACGAUCUUAGUGAGGGCGAGAUCGAUGAUUUCGACGAUGAAGAUGAGUUUGGUGACCCGGAAGAGCAGUGGAACCUUCGAAAAUGCUCUGCUGCGGCUCUUGAUGUCCUCGCCUCCGUCUUCCACGAAGCCGUAUUUGCAGCCACCCUACCCUACCUGACAGAUAACCUGAACCAUCCUGAGUGGCCGAACCGAGAGUCUGCAGUUCUUGCACUUGGUGCCAUUGCCGAUGGCUGUAUGUCGGUGGUCGAGCCACAUCUCCCCAUGCUGACACCUUUCCUGAUUACUCUACUGGAAGAUCCCAAGCCUGUCGUUCGCCAAAUUACCUGCUGGUCGCUCGGCCGUUACUCAGGGUGGGCAGCACAUUUGGACCCAGACGGCAAGAAGAAGUUCUUUGAGCCAGUCAUGGAGGGUAUCCUGAUGAAAAUGCUUGACAGGAACAAGCGGGUUCAGGAAGCAGCCGCGUCUGCCUUUGCUAACCUCGAAGAAAAGGCGAAUGUAGAGCUUGCAGAGUACUGUCCUGCCAUAGUUCGGCAGUUUGUCCAGUGCUUUGCCAUGUACAAAGAUCGUAACAUGUUCAUCCUCUACGAUUGCGUUCAGACACUAGCUGAGCACGUCGGGCCUAAGCUGGCAGAAGACGCACUCGUCCAAACACUUAUGCCAGCGCUCCUACAACGCUGGAAUAAGGUAUCUGAUCAGUCGAGGGAAAUGUUUCCGCUGUUGGAGUGUCUUUCAUACGUUGCGACGGCCCUCGGACCCAAGUUUGCACCAUAUGCAGCCGGCAUAUUCGCCAGAUGCAUCAAAAUCAUCCAUCGCAACCUUGAGGAGGGUGUCAUGGCUGCAGAGAUCAACGGCUUUGAACCUCCAGACAAGGACUUCCUGGUGACAAGUCUAGAUCUAUUGAGUGCCAUCAUCCAGGCUUUGACUUUGCAGGACAGUGCGACGCUGGUUGCACAAGCACCAACUUUCUUCCAGCUCUUGGCUGUCUGCAUGAGGGAUCAAAACAACGAUGUUCGGCAAUCAGCCUAUGCACUCCUUGGAGAUUGCGCCAUCUAUGUCUUCCAACAACUCCAGCCUUGUCUGCCUGACAUCUUGGCUAUUCUAAUCACCCAACUUGACGUUUCCGACGUACAGUCCGACGGUCUUGAAACAUCAUACUCGGUCAUCAACAACGCCUGCUGGUCCGUUGGCGAGAUCGCAAUGUGCCACAAAGAAGGCAUGCAGCCCUACGUGGAGAAGUUGUUGCAAAAGUUGGGUACGAUCCUAUUCGACGACAGGGUCCCAGAGUCCUUGAACGAAAACGCGGCAAUUGCUCUGGGUCGACUAGGCCUCUCAAACGCCCCAUCACUCGCCGUACAUCUCGCUCAGAUCGCACCUGCUUUCCUCCGUGCCAUGAAGAAGGUUCAGUGGACAGACGAGAAGUGCCAUGCACUUACCGGCUUUAUGCUCAUGGUAUUAGCUAAUCCCGGUGCCAUGGAGCAGUGUCUACUUCAGUUCUUCAGCGACAUGUCGAUGGCAGACCGCAAUGUCGUACGGGGUCCUGCAGGACAACAGGUCCAGGAGACGUUCCAGAAGGUCAUACAGCAGUACAAGGGCAUGAUCGGAGACUUCGACGGCUUCAUCAGCGGUCUUCCGGCCGACCAGCAAGCCCGCUUCCGAGAUCUGUACAGCUUCUAAGCGUCUCAAUUCCAAUUAUCAUUUUAUGUGGCACAGCGGGCGUUGAAUAAGGAUGUAUGGCUUAGAGGAAGAGAAGGAAAUACCAAAAGGUGGGUUCGCAACGGGCACGCCACUGGGCGAAUGUGUGUGUAUGUGUGUAUUCAACUUCCCAAACUAUACAAAGGAAAAGGGGGAAACCAUGAAAGCAUUUACGGCAAUGGGGGGUUCUUCAGCGGCAUCCAUAGACAUUUUCUUUUUACCUAUCCAGCAAGCGAACCAUUGUGUUUUUUUUUCACGACGCAUGACAUUUCCCAGGCGUUGGCAAAGUGCUGUUAUGGGUCUUGUCGCGUCAAGGACUGUUUAUUUGUUUUUGAUCUUUCUGUCCAUAGCCAAAGUAGAUAGCUUAGCUUAGUGUUCAAUUCUGACAUGUGUCUUGUCUGC